UUAAAAUGGUUGGCGACGUGCGGUCAAGUGACGCUGGUCACAGAAAACGUCAAAAAGAAGGCAUACCCAGGACCAAGAUCUUCAAGAAGACAAAUCCCAAGCUUCAUAACAAUGCGUCAAAGUCGGCAUUCGUCGGUGAGUCUUCGGACACCGUCAAAUUCAACCAGAUGCUUGUCAAACCGAACAAGAAGUGGUACGAACAGCUACCGGAAGAGGGCUCUGCUGCGACAGUUGCUGACAACCCUCCCGAACUGGUCUCGACCAAGCGCAAGUUGGCAGAAGCCCUGUUCGAGCAUGACAAGGAACUUUACAAAAAACACUCGGAGUCACGGGCACGUGCCUCAGACAUGCGCUGGGUGCGAACCGUGUUGGCGAAAGGUGUACUCGCUGACAAGGUGGCUGCCCACACCCUGCUGAUUCAGGAGAGCCCCCUGCACAACCUGGGGAGCUUGGACGCGUUGCUUGCCAUGGUGACGCCCAAGGGAAAAAAGGAGUGUCUCCUUGCAAUGGAUGCACUGAGGGACCUGUUUUUAUCUGAUCUCCUUGUACCCGAUAAGAAGCUAAAGUCUUUUUGUCAGCGACCCCUGGCGAGUGUGAGCGGUAGUGGCCUGGUCGAAUCUCGGACGCUGCUGCUGUGGUACCUGGAGGAUCUGCUGAAGCAGCGUUACGCGACCUUUCUGCAGUCCCUGGAGACAGUGUCUUUCGACCAAGUGGAGAAGCUCAAGCUGCGUGCAGUCACCUGCAUGUUCCACAUGCUCACGUACCACCCUGAGAGAGAACUGUUUUUACUGGAGCGACUGAUCAACAAACUAGGUGACCGCACGCAUGCAGUUGCCUCCCGGGUAGCUCACCACUUGACCCAGCUGACCAAUCACCAUCCUCGCAUGAAAGGCGCUGUGUUGACCGAAGUGGACCGGUUUGUCUACCGUCCAAACGUGGCACCAAAGGCACAAUACUACGCCCUCUGUUUUCUUAGCCAGCUCCUAUUGUCGGACAACGAUGUGUCACUGGCCCGCUCCCUGGUGUUCUACUUCACCUUCUUCAAAAAGUGCGUGCAGCGCUCCAAGGUAGCCGACGCCCGAACAAUGAAGGUGCUGCUGACGGGCGUCAAUCGGGCAUUCCCCUAUGCCCGAGCUAGUGACGCUGAGGGACUGCCGGACGAUCAGACAGACCUCAUGUUUCGUCUCGUCCACCUUACCGACUUCAACAUUGCAGUACAGGCACUCACCCUGCUUUUCCAGAUCCUGGAUGCCAAGAGUUCGCUGUCGGAUCGCUUCUACGGUGCGCUCUACCGUAAGGCACUGGACCCCGCUUUAGAGCACUCCAGCCACCAGACCAUGUUUCUCAACCUUCUCUACAAGUCUCUCAAGAGGGACACGGAGAACAAUAGAGUCAAAGCGUUCCUGAAACGACUACUUCAGGCGUGUCUGUACCGUUCUCCGCAUCUGGCUUGCGGCAUCCUGUUCCUCGUGUCUGAAGUUGUCAAGCUACGGCCGAUGCUCCUUGAUGCACGGACGUUUGACGACAGCCCCAAAGAUGAAGCCCCAGAACGUGCGGUGCAAAUGGAUGACAGCGACAGUGACGGCGAGCAUUAUGACGAUGCUCCGGAUGACAGCGAUGAAGAGGAACCGUCAGGUGUAGUAAAACCGGUACAGCCUGGGUCAAGUAGUAAUUGGACAGGAACAACCGGCGAGAAGCAAAGCGCAGCUUCCUGGGUUCACACUAAGUUGACCACUGUAGAUGAGUCUGGAGCUCCAACUGUGGAGCGGCGGCGGAGGACUGGGUAUGACCCACUGGCUCGCAACCCACUUUAUUGUGGUGCUGAGUUCUGCCCUGCAUGGGAGCUGCGUCACCUCAGCCGUCACUACCACCCAUCCGUAGCACUGUUCGCCGAGCGCAUCCUGCGAGGGCAGCCCGUCGCUUAUCCCGGCGACCCGCUGCAAGAUUUCACCCUGUCACGCUUUCUCGACAGGUUUGUAUAUCGAAAUCCCAAGGCACCUGGCGCCCAUCAGCCCGUCAUGGAGGACCAGGCUGCUAGUGUCUUCGGCAGGCGGAGACAGUACACGCCGAAGGGAGUUCGUAAGAUGGAUGUGCUCAGCCAACAGUACCAGCAGCAGGUCGAGGCCAACAUUCCACCGGAGGAGACAUUCUUGUAUAGGUACUUCAAGCAGGAGCGGGAGCGGCGAAAGGCUGAAAAAGGCAAGGAUGAAGACAAGAAGAAGAAGGAUGCAAACGACGACGAACUCUCAUCCGACGCUGAGAGCGUGGCCAGCGAUGACGUCGACCGGGUCCUGGACAUGUUUGAACCCGGCGUUGAUGGGGAGCUGGACUUUGCCUCGGCCUUCUCCAAAGGCAAGAAGCGCAAAAAGGGCAAGGCGGAGUCUGAUGACUCUGGUGACGAGGACUCGGAUGACGAAGAUGAGGACGACCUCGAGGGGCUUGAAGAUGACGAGGAAUACCGGCAGGCCCUCAAGGGGCUGCCCGUUGGCAAAGGCGGCUCGGAGAUUCAAGAGGAAGACAUUGAAUUUUCAGAUGAGGAUGACGAGUUCAGCGUCGGAAAAAAAAGGCCAUCCAGAGAGAUACCUGGCAAGGGCAAGGUCAAGAGUAAAGGUUUCGACUUGUCCAAGCUUGUUGCUUCUGCAGAAGAGUUUUCACAUCUGUUGGAAGAAAAUGCUGGAGGAGUGGACACAACAACAUCACAGGCUGUGUCCAACAAGGAUAAAGCAAGCGCCAAGCAGCUCAGAUGGGAGAGAGACCGAGAUGCCUGGGUCCGUGGCGAAGACUGGAGAAGUCGGAAGCGUAAGCUGGGGGCUGGUUCUAAGCCAAGACGUGGAAAGAUGGCGGGAAAGCGACAGAAGCAGCGAUAGUGUUGCUUCUUGCCUUUCGCAUAAUAAAAUGACACAAUU